AUGGUAGAAAAGUCAGAGAAUGGACCACUUCUUCCUCUCAGCAUCACACCACCCCCUGAGCUACUUGGGGAAGUUUUCAGGGAGCAUUACACACCCUUACCAUAUAUGGCUGCCAUCCACAAAAUGAAGAGGCUCCAUACUGGGGAAUACCUGUGCACUGAAAAUUUUGAAGAGGUUCUGGAGAGAAGGCAGGCAGCUAAUGCCAAGGAAAGAGAACGAAUUAGAAAUAUCAACAGUGGCUUUUCUAAGCUGAAAACAAUUGUUCCUUUAAUCCCUAAAGACAGAAAACCAAGCAAGGUAGACACACUUAAAGCAGCAACAGAAUAUAUACGGCUGCUUCAUGAUAUCUUGGAAGAGACUGGAGGGUAUGAGAAAGUGGAGGUCCUGACUGAUGUGGAGCCUCAAGACAGAUAUUCAGGGCCAGUCUCACUGAUGCCUGAGUUCAUGGGAAAUCUCCCUCCUUUAGCCUCAGAAUUGCACAUGAAUAUGGGAGAUAUUCAGGGAACUGUCCCUUUUGUUCUUAAUGGAGAGGAGUCUGUGUGUUUGUGGAGAGCAGCUGGUAUGUUUCCUGGAUAUCUGGGCAUCGUGCAGAUUCACAAGACUGGCAGACUGGAGGUUUCGUUUACAUUAGAGGUUCCAGAAGCAGCGCUUCCAAAGGAACCCAAGAUUCCUAAGUUAGACAGGGUUUAUGAGGAUAGAAAGGUUCCACAAACUUUUCCUGUCCCACUUCGCAUGGCGAAUAUUAUUAGUGAAUGGGAACGAGUUGAGACUUCUUUUUUCCCUUUGUCAACUUUUAAAAAGUUAUUCCCGGUUCCUGAUUCUCAGCUGGAAUUGUGGGGUUCCAUCCCUAAGGUGAAUGGUGCCAUUUCGAAGCUAGCCAAGCGUACCAUUAGCCCUCUGGAAGAAGGACAAGAAGUUGAAAAGUUUCCUUAG